GCCGCCUGUCACCGUCCCCGCCGUGCCCCGGCGCGGGCAGGCCCCAGGCCCCUUCCCCCCCUCCUCCGGGGGGGUGGGCUCCGCUCCGGAAUCCUGGCCGCUGUCUCCGCAUCGCCCGCCCAGCCGGGGCUGCGCCCGCCGCCGCCGGGCAGCGCGGGGGGUCCCCGGCGGCCUCCCGGCCUCUACCGUGACAUAGGAAAUAGAAUAAUGCUAAUGAAGCAACCAUUUCCCUGARGUUUGAAUUUUCAGACUCACUGCCAUAAUGGAUGAGCAGCAAGCUUUGAAUUCAAUCAUGCAGGAUUUGGCUGUGCUUCAUAAGGCCAGUCGUCCUGUAUUGUCCCAGCAAGAAACAGGAAAACCAAAGUCAUCUUCUCCUAAAAAACAGAACGAUGUUAGAGUCAAAUUUGAACAUCGAGGUGAAAAAAGGAUCCUGCAAUUACCGAGGCCUGUUAAACUUGAAGAUCUUGCAGCUAAAGCUAAAGUUGCUUUUGGACAGACUAUGGAUUUACAUUACAGCAAUAAUGAGCUUGUAAUUCCAUUAACCACACAGGAUGACCUGGACAAAGCUGUUGAACUACUUGACCGUAGUGUACAUAUGAAGAGUCUCAAGAUACUCCUUGUAAUACAUGGAAAUACACAGUCACCCAGUGUAAAUAACACAGAACCCUUGCCCUCACUGGAAGAUUUAGAUAAUACAGUGUUUGGUGUGACAGACAGAAAAAGGCGACUGUCUGUAAUAGGUUCGAAUACUCGUGAUCGGAGUUCACCUCCUCCAGGAUACAUUCCAGAUGAGCUGCAUCAGGUGGCUCGAAAUGGGUCCUUCACCAGUAUCAACAGUGAGGGUGAAUUCAUUCCAGAAAGCAUGGAUCAGAUGCUGGAUCCAUUGUCUUUGAGCAGUCCUGAAAACUCUGGCUCGGGAAGCUGCCCCUCACUUGACAGCCCAUUAGAUGGGGACAACUAUCCUAAGUCUCGGAUGCCAAGAGCACAGAGCUAUCCAGAUAAUCAUCAGGAAUUCUCAGUAGAGUAUGAUAUCCCAAURUUUGAGAAAUUUGGAAAGGGGGGGACUUAUCCCAGAAGAUAYCAUAUUUCAUAUCAUCAACAAGACUACAAUGAUGGUCGUAAAACUUUUCCAAGAGCCAGAAGGACUCAGGGGAACAACUUCAGAUCACCAGUUAGUUUCAGUCCCACUGAUCACUCGCUGAGCACCAGCAGUGGGAGCAGUGUCUUUACACCAGAAUACGAAGAUAACCGAAUGAGAAGGAGGGGCAGUGACAUAGACAAUCCUACCUUGUCAGUCAUGGACAUCAGUCCACCCAGCCGCUCACCACGAGCUCCAACUAACUGGAGACUUGGUAAACUGCUGGGUCAAGGUGCAUUUGGCAGAGUAUAUCUGUGCUACGAUGCUGAUACUGGAAGAGAACUGGCUGUUAAACAAGUUCAGUUUGAUCCYGAUAGUCUGGAAACCAGCAAGGAAGUAAAUGCACUUGAGUGUGAGAUUCAGUUGCUGAAAAAUCUGCUGCAUGAAAGAAUUGUUCAGUAUUAYGGCUUCUUGAGAGAUCCACCAGAAAGGACACUCUCUAUAUUCAUGGAGUACAUGCCUGGGGGUUCCAUCAAAGACCAACUGAAAUCGUAUGGAGCACUCACAGAGAAUGUUACUCGUAAAUAUACACGGCAGAUUUUGGAAGGAGUUCACUAUUUGCACAGUAAUAUGAUUGUCCAUCGAGAUAUUAAAGGAGCAAAUAUUCUGCGGGAUUCAGCAGGCAAUGUGAAGCUUGGUGACUUUGGUGCCAGCAAACGACUGCAGACYAUCUGUCUCUCUGGUACAGGAAUGAAGUCUGUCACAGGAACUCCCUACUGGAUGAGUCCUGAAGUUAUUAGUGGAGAAGGGUACGGCCGAAAAGCAGACAUCUGGAGUGUAGGUUGCACAGUGGUAGAAAUGCUCACUGAGAAGCCCCCGUGGGCAGAGUUUGAAGCCAUGGCUGCCAUCUUUAAAAUUGCCACUCAGCCAACCAACCCCCAGCUCCCACCCCACGUCUCUGACCACGCUCGGGAUUUCUUGAAACGGAUUUUUAUCGAGGCCAAGCUGCGACCGUUUGCAGAUGAACUGCUAAGACACACGUUUGCACACUAUCACUAACAGCUGCCUCAACUCAGCUUGCAUCUACUGCAUUUAUUUUCUAUUUGACUGCACUUUUAUUUUUAUUUUUUACAAAGAAAAAGGAGAAAAAAGACAAGAGAGAGAAUAUUCUCUUGAAUUUUUGUUUCACUUAGAUUGUAAACAAUCUAAAUUUUGUAUCUAAAAUGAGAAUCUUCUCUCCCCUCCUCCCACCAGGACUAGAACUUUUUGUUUCUAUAAUGUACUGAUGUGGUUGAUGUAGUUAAAGCACUUUAGUACAUAUUUGUUCCUUAUUUAAAGAGGAAAAAAAAAUUACAAAUGCUUGGACAGUCAGGAACUGUGUGACUUUUUCUGACACCGCUGACUGACUCAGGGUGCAGGGAAAAAUAGACAUGCAGCUAAAGGACAAGGAGGUUACUUCUCUGUGAUUCUUCUUUAUGUUGUAGGUACUUGCAGCAGAGAGUUCUAAGUUCUUACURUAUUUUAGCAUUUUAAUUAGUUUCUGAAUUUACAGUUUGAGCAGGAACAUGCAGUUCUGAGAGUUAAUUGACRAAGCUGGAAGAACUUGGAACUCUUUGUACAGUAGCAUGUCUAGCUGGUACUUCUAUGUGACCAAAAGAAAAUAACAAAAAUGAGCUCAAAACUGAUGUAUUAGUUAGAGGUUUUGGUGUAGAAUUAUUGUAUUAUCUUAAUAGGAAAAUAAUUACAGGUAAAAGAUUAUGGGCCAGACUCCUAGAGACUACUAUAUACUGCUAAGGGGAAGAUUUCCACUCUAGACAAGGGUCAGCUGUUGGGUGUAAAUAGUUAGGAGAACACCUCCUGCUCUAUCUGCCAAAGACAACCUCUUUUGCUUAAGCUUAGAGGGAGACAGUUACCUAAGCUGAUAAAAAAUAGUUAUGUUGAGAGUCARUUCUCCUCCACAGUCCCAUGAAUGGCUGGAGGGGAAAGGGAGUGACUAAUCCUUGUGCAGUAUGUAAGUUACUUGAUUCAGAAUGAGCUAUAAGAAAUGUUUUCAAAGCUGUUAAGAGGCGCUAGGAUGGAAUGUACAUCAACAUCAAGUGCCUGAAUAAUACAAAAUUCUUCCCAUUCUGCACUGAAAAAAAAAGGUUUAGUAAUGCAGGUCAGUCAUCUAGGAUGUAUUGAAAAUUCCUGAAAUAAAGUCAAAAAUCUCGUAACAUCAGGAAUUGAGUCACUGAGAAAGAUAAGACUCAAGUUAUAUUUUUAAUAAGGUAGCACUGAUGAAUCCUAUGAAGGAGGCACAGCACAGAAAAUUGUACAAAGAAUAGGCCAGAAGUGCAGAGAGCCAGCAAUUAAAUAAYAUGAGUGUUACAAUUCCAGCCUGAUAAUCCAGAUGGGUGUUUGUUAGAUUUCCAGCUGUCAUAAARUGUAUGUUAAUCACUUUUUCUAUUUCUGAAAGAGCCUAAUAAAAGAAAAGAAGUAAAAAUCUGAAAUAUUGCUUCUCAGUUGAGAAGCUCAGGUACUGAUCAGUUGUAGUGAAUAACUGACUUUCCACAACAGAAAAGUCAGACUCAUAUUUUUGUAGAAGAACAGAACAUAAAUAAUUUAAAGGGGCAUUUGGAAAUAAACUGUUGGACUACAGAACUGAAAUUAUGUUUACUGUUUUGGAUGAUUCAUUGCUUGCUUUURUUGUUUUGUAAAGGCAGAGCAGGCUGGUACUGUGACCCUUGUCUACUUUGACAAGGCUCUACCUGUUCUGCAUCUUUAGAGGACUAUCAGAGUUACAAAAUGCAUGGAGACAGAACAAUAAACUUACCCAUUCCCACAGUCACUCACUCAUGAGAUUUCUGAAUUUAUUCUUUUGAAUUCUGUAUGUUUUASCAGAGAAUAAGCAGGAGUAUGGAUCUAUCCUAAUCACUUUACCUGUAGUGGAGUAGGAAUGAUUUUUUUGUGACCAUCUCUCCCAAGACUGAGAGUGGUGACUUCUUCAACUUGUGUGAGUAUUUUACCCAGCUCAUAAUUUUCUCAGUCAAGGUACACAACUGUGCAAGGGAUCCUGAGCACGGGAAGAACUAGUCAGACUGGGAAAAGUGUAAAAGGCUGAAAGGAAAGUCAGCUUGUACUGACUUUUUGUUUGUUUGGUUGGUUGGUUAGUUUGUUU